ACAAGGUAUAGCGAUAACCUGGAAGUGAAAUUUAUAUGGCUGUCUGUGUAUUUACCUGAGUUAGAGACGCCUAGGCGUUUUAAAUUGAUUUAUAAAGUUUAUACAGUUUAGCCGUGUGUUUUUGUUUUUUUACUUGAGAUGUAGAUGUAUUUUUGCAGCCGUAGCCGAGUGCCAUAAUCCAACCAAGUUUAUUCUGAAUGAGACAUCAGUGAUCAUGAGCUUCCUGCUGCCAAAACUGAGCAGCAAAAGGGAUGUGGACCACGCAAUAAAAACUACAUCAGAGAAGGUCCUCGUUCUCAGAUUUGGAAGAGAUGAGGAUCAUGUUUGUCUUCAGCUGGAUGACAUUCUGUCCAAGACAUCCCAUGACCUAAGUAAAAUGGCAACUAUAUACAUUGUUGACGUUGAUAAGGUGCCAGUCUACACUCGGUACUUUGAUAUCAGCUACAUUCCAUCUACUAUUUUUUUCUUUAAUGGGCAACAUAUGAAAGUCGAUUAUGGGUCUCCAGACCACACAAAGUUUGUAGGAAGUUUCAAGACGAAACAGGAUUUUAUUGAUCUCAUUGAAGUCAUCUACCGUGGAGCAAUGCGUGGAAAGCUAAUUGUGCAAAGUCCAAUAGACCCUCAAAAUAUUCCCAGAUAUGAUCUUCUUUACCAGGGUGUUUAGUAUAAAUGCAUUGGUGGAGGAUCAGAUUUUUUUUCUGAUUUCCCUUGUUGAUACACUUUUGUUGUAAAAUAGAAAAUGUAUUUAUUAUAUUAGUACAUGUUUAAAAAUGUUUCAAAUAAAAUUACCAAGUAAAACAUUUUAA